AUGUCGAAAAGAAAAAUGGAAAACUUACUUCCCAGUGAGUCAAAUAGUAGUGGAAAAGAAAGCUUUUACGAGGUUUACACAAAUUCGGAUAAUAGCAAUGAAGAAGAAAUCAGAUUUCCUAGAAAUAGAAAUAUAAAUAGAAUUACAUCGUCUGAUUCUGAUUCGGGUAUUGAUGAGUGCAAUCGUAGUGAUACGGAAUGUAAUGAAGAUACUGUUGACGAGAUUUUACAAGAAUUGGUCAAGAAUUGGUCAAGAAUUUUACAAGAAAAAAAAACUGACGAUACCGAGAAAAGUACAAUUUAA